UCAGUUUCUUGCGGGACUUUUAGCCGUAUAGACGCUCAAACGUUCGCUGGGCUGCGCAUUCGGUCCGACCACGGCGGCGGCAGCGGCUACUGCAGCGAUCUCGACGAACUUUGCGCUUGAGCGGGUAAAGUAGCACGCAUAUUUUGCAUUCCGUGACGUGCUUGUUCGAAUCGAUCAGACCACGUUGCGGCGAGCGCGGAAAAAAACAAUCGGUAUCUACCGGGUUAUGUAACUAUUUGGUUGCCGUUUUUAACCGAUCUGGGCUAACCGAUGGGGGCCGCGAGACUGAUGAAAAUGAGGGUGUGUCGAUAGUAAACAAAACAGAAAGAAAUUGAUCCCGCAAUAGGUCUUCGUUGUUUAAUUGUGUGUGGAGUGGAGUUGAAUGGUUUGGUUUGUUGGUGGUAACAUUGGUCAAUAUGCUUGUCGUGCAUUCCGGCGAAGGUGUUGAAAUUGUAAUUGAGUAAUCGGAGGGUUAAAUGGCCGGUUAACUUGUAAAUCAAAUGUGUUCUGGUGCUGCUGAAUUAUAAAGGUCGACUAUGUGGAACAAUAUCGUUGAAGAAAAUUGUAUCGUGAAGAAAGGCAACUAAAGCACGACCCUGAUUACGGAUCUAUCUCAAUCACAUCGCAAUCAGUGUGAGAAGAAAACCGACAUUUCGCGGUCGAUGAAACAAGCGUGUGAUUACGAGCGACCUUAACCCAAGAGUGAAAGAAAAUUACCAUAGCUUCGAAGAGUUGUGUGAAAACAAAGCCCGCACCGAAACAAUGUGCGCAACGCAGACCUCGGUGCGAUUUCAUGAAAUCAGUCGAAGGUAAUGCGGGCUUUGUUUUUAGUUGUGUGAAACCUCUAUAUGGGGAGGGUGGCAGUGCAGUGAUGGGAGAAAAAAGAUCUAUUUUAGCACCGAACAUAUCUGUCCAUGCGUUGGAGCUGGAAAAUUCGAACGGAGCUGGAGAUCUUUGUCUGCGUAACGUUUUCAUAGAAGCCGAUUGCGGUGGAAGCUUAGGGCUACAUUUGAGCCGUACACCGUGGGAUCCCUAUCCUUGGGUUAGUGGAGUGUUACCGGGAUCGCGGGCAGAUGAAGCUGGUGUGCGUGUUGGAGAUUGUGUAUUAGAGGCCAAUGGAGAAGACUUACUGGGACUCAAGAUAGUGGAUAUUGCUAAGCUCGUAAAAAAUGGAAACGAUUCAAAAAAUCCCAAGCCCGGCAUCAGUUUGCUGCUGUGGAACUCAGGGUUUGAGAAAAAUAACCUCAACCCGCAGUCUCUGUCACGUUUCGCCAGCUGCCUCCAGAGCAUUGCCGGAUUACUCGAGUGUCCGGUUUGCUUGGAGAUUAUCCGACCUCCCUCGUGGCAGUGCUGCCAUGGUCACCUGAUAUGUUCCGGAUGUCGAGCCAAAAGCACCAAAUGCCCAAUAUGCCGAGUGAUGCUGGGACGCGGCCGGUGCAUCGUAGCGGACAAUUUAUUUAGCUUCCUGGUACAAACGCUCGGACACCGGGAGGGUGAAAAACGUCCUGCUGCCCCAAAGUCAUCUAAUUUACAGCAAAUUAAUGCACGUUUACCGUUGCUUGCCCGAGAGCAUCGGCAAUGCAAACAGUCGUUAAAAUUGAAAACAAAUAACUCGUCUACUGGUGCCCUAGCAACGGCAACGCCUCCGCAUCGAAUCGCAAAAAUGGCAUCACCAUCGGUAGCCGUUCCAGCUGCUUCAUUUCAAUAUUGUUGCCCUUCCGGUCAACCGUGUGAUAAAAUGAAAAAUCAACAUGACAUAUUAAUUCAUUUGCAGAAAUCACAUCAAACGAGCGUUGUCCAGUACUAUGCGACCUCUGGCGAUACGCUUAGUAUCAACUUUAACGAGUCCAGCAUCACCUGUGUAGUGCUGGUACCGGUCGAUGCAACCGGUCGGCUAGGGGAUGAAAACAACAACAACUGCCCGUGCCAUGGAGUAGUUUCGCACUGUAAUUGCACAAAUAGCUGCCACAAAGUUGUCCCCACGUCAGCAACAGCAUCAACGGUCGCAACGAGAGAUAACAUUUUCUUCCUAGCUCGAUUUCGUUGCAUCGAGGCCAGCAGCCAGGCAUUGUAUUGGCUGUGGUAUCUGGGUGGGCAGAACGAGCUGGAACGAUUCGGAAUAAGCAUCUCGAACGAACAGGGCGACACUAGGUGGAACGGACAGCCGGUGUCACUGCAGCAGAACUGCAAGGAGGUCCUGAAAGGGAAGCAGUUUGUACGUAUGGACAGUGAAGCGAAGGGGAUGAAGGUGACGAUUAAUUUGUACUGAUAAUAAACCGAUGAGAAUGAA